AACAACAGGAGAUGUGCUCAGUUUGACCAUCAGACAGAUUAGCAAGAGGAGACAUGCUCCACUGUACAAAGACCUGAGACUGAUGAUGCUGAUGAUGAUGAUGAUGUGGAUUGUCAUGGUGCUUUUUUAUAAAGUUGCAGAUUCUACACAGAUGGAUGAUAUCAGUCAGCCAAACCCAGUGAUCACUGCUGAUGUUGGUGAUAAUGUGACUCUGCACUGCUUUAGACUGCAUGAGGAUAAUUCUGGAGUCAUUGUCUGGUACAAGCAAAAAACAGGACGUGAGCCUCGUGUAAUGGUCACAGUCCAUGAACAACCCAAUUAUGGAGAUGAGUUCAAAUCACCAAGAUUCAGCAUUGAGAGAGGAAAACAGAGCUGCCAUUUAAAAAUAGCUAAUGUGCAACCAUCAGACGAAGCCACGUAUUACUGUGGAUUUAGACAAUUUUUAACAACAUUUGGAAAUGGUACACUUUUAUCAGUGAAAGGUGAUGAAGAUAUAAGAGUUUCAGUGUUCCAGAGCGGUGUGACGAAUUCGGUUCCUGCAGGAGCGUCAGUGACUCUGCAGUGCUCGGUUCUCUCUGAGAGCAGAGCAGCAGAACUCCAAGUGCUCUGGUUCAGAGCUGCUCCACCACAAUCCCAUUCUCAAAUCAUUUACACUCAUCACAACAGCAGCCAUCAGUGUGAGAGCGGCUCUUCUACACACACCUGUGUGUACAACUUCUCCAAGAACAUCCUCAGCCUCAAUGAUACUGGGACUUACUACUGCGCUGUGGCCGCGUGUGGGAAGAUCAUUUUUGGGAACGGGACACAAGUACAACUGGGUAAAAAGUAUAAUUAUUUUGUGAUAUGCCAGAAAGCAAAGUAG